AGAUGGGUUUUAUGCAGUGAUCCUAAGCCUAUGAGGCAGACUCCUUUUUCUGCUCUGCACCCUUCAGAAGAGAAUUCCAGAUCAAUCCCUACGGCACCCAGGAAUCUUGGGUCAUCAGCCCUUUCUUCCACAGGGCUGACCCUGACCACUGCCUACCCAUUCCUCCUCACCCUCUGAAAGCAGUUCCCCCUUCCCUCCCCCCACACUCAGGAUUCCCAAGAAAUUUCUUGUGCUUGGUGACACCAUGUCUGGGUUUGCCUCCCUGCUCCUACUCCUGCUUCUUUCUUGCCAUAUCUCAGAAGGCUCCAACUCAGAAGCAAGGAAUAUCACUGAAACCAAGUGUCCUUCACGGAAAAAGAAUUUUGCAGUGCGUAUAGGACACGUUUGUCAGAGGAGCUGCGAACGCCGCCAAUGUUCAAAAACCAGAAAGUGUGCAUGCGACGGUAAAUGUGGACUGAGUUGCAUUUCUCCAGCCUUAAGAUGUCCAUGGCCUGUGACAGUAGAUAAUGCCGUGACACACUUGGCCCAGGAAUCCCACAUGUUUGGAGACUUCAUGACAGUGACCUGCCAGCCUGGAUAUAGAAUACUGGAUGGACAAGAAAUGUCAGUCAGCCGUUGUCAAGGAGACGGGAAGUGGAGUGUCACUACACGCUGUGAAGAUGUUCUUAGUUUUUCAAAUGCUUGCAAAUCUCCUCCUGAGAUUGAAAAUGGAUACCACGAAAAUGGUCCUUAUACCAUAGGAAAGGAAGUGCUAUAUACAUGCAACUCUGGAUAUUGGUUGCAGGGGUCCAAUUCACUUCGAUGCCAAGAAAAUAAGGAAUGGUCAGACAAUGCUCCAACUUGCCAUCCUAUUACCUGUUCCCGGCCACCCAACAUUGCACAGGCAACACUGGUGGCUGUACACCAAUCUGAAUACCCUGUAGGAACUGUAAUCUAUUACUUAUGUCAGAAGGACUUCUUCCUAGAUGGUUCUAACAGAGCCAUCUGCCUGAAAAAUGGAAGCUGGUCCCAACUGCCUUAUUGUAGAGCUCGCUGUCCCGUCAUUGCCCAAAGGAGCCGGAUGAUCUACCAUGGACACAAAGUUUGGGCCUAUGAGAUCCCAAAUGGUCUUGUUCACCAUGGUGAAACUGUCACGUUUUUUUGCCGAAGUCAGAAUAAGACCUGUAAUUAUGAAGCUGAAAGCCGUUGUUUUGAUGGUGUAUUGAAGAUGCCUGAUUGCUAUGAUGAACCAACAUACUUGCAGUACCAUCUCUUCCCCAAAAGAGUUGUAUCCGAAAUACGUGCUUGUUGAACAUCUGACCAGUCACUCAUCCAACAAUGAGAUCUGUCUCCUUGUUCAAGCUUGAAAGACAUCCUGGAAGUCCAAGGGGAGAAAUGGAAAUGAGAAGAU